GAGAGCCCGGAGGAGAGGAAAGUGGCAGGCAGAGAGGAGGAGAGCGGAGGAGACAGUGCGGGAGCAACAGAACGAAUCGGAGCCUGGACAGAGGGAGACGCUCAGAACCUCUGAAAGGGAAGAAUGUGGAAGACAGAGUGACGGAGAGGGAGAACAAAGCAGCACCUGGCUGCAGUGAUAAAUCGAGACUCUCCAGAAAAAAGGAACAAGACAACGACAGAGAUCGAAGGAGGCAGAGUCCAGACAGAGACGUGGUCUCAGAAACUCUGGAAGGGAGGAACCUGGAAGGCGGUGAGGAAGGAGUACAAUAAGCCAGCGCCCUGCCAGAGUAACAGAACGAGACGCAGCCCAGACAGUGAGAGAGGAGAAUUUCUGAGAGGGAAGAACGUGAAGAUAGCGACAGAGCAACAGAACGAGUCAGGGUCCAGACAGAGAAAUAGACUUGGAGCCGCUGGAAGAGAAGAACGUGGAAGGCAGCGAUGAAGUGGUAAAUGAGCUGACGGCGUGGUGGAGCAAUAGAAUGAGACACAACCCAAAUGGAAGGAUAGAAGAAGGGAGCACUUGGUUGGAGCAGUAGACUGGACAGAGAGCUAGAAGGACUCAAAACCCAGAUAGAGCGAUAGAGUGAGCCAGAGCCCAGGAAGAGCGAUAGGAGGAGGCCUGGACUGGGUGAUAGAAGGACACGAGCCUGGACGGAGGCACAGAAUGAGGCCUGGACAGAGCAACAGAAGGAUACAGCUCCCGGACGGAGCAAUAGAAUGAGCCGGCGCCUGGACGGAGCAAUAGAACGAGGUGGGGCCCGGACAGAGCGAUAGAAGAGCCGGCGCCUGGACAGCACAAUCGAACAAGGCGGCGCCCAGGCGGAGCAACAGAAGGAGCCGGUGCCCAAGUGGAGCAGUAGAACGAGGUGGGGCCCGGACAGAGCGAUAGAACGAGCUGGCGCCUGGACAGCACAAUAGAUAAAGGCGGCGCCCGGGCGGAGCGACAGAAGGAGCCGGCACCUGGACAGCACAAUAGAACAAGCCGGCGCCCGGGCGGAGCGACAGAAGGAGCCGGCGCCCGGGCGGGGCAAGCUGGCCCCACCCCAGGCCCCAUGGCACGCGCUCCCCCACCCCCCAGCGACAUCCCGCGCAACCUGAGCUACAUUGCGGGGCUGUACGAGCGGGCGUAUUACCGCACAGUCCGGCCCAGCCUGGGCGAUGACUCCGACUCGGAGGCCGAGGGGCGGGGCCGGGGGGCCCGGCCACGGGGACGCCAGAGCCGCGCAGGCAGCAGGGGGGGGCGCCGGCACCGCAGGGCUCUUUCUGCCCCGGCUGGGGGCCCUGGUGGGGGAUCCCGCAGCCACAGCCCCGGGUCCCGCAAGCGGGUGCGCUUUGCCGACGCCCUGGGGCUGGAGCUGGCCAGCGUGAGGCGCUACUGGCCGGCCGAACUGCCCCAGGUCCCCGAGCGCGUCCACACCCAGCUCCGGCGUGACGCCCUGCGCCACUUCGCCCCCCUGCGGCCCUUCCAGGACCCGCUGGCCGGGCGCCUGCCGCUGGCGCCGUGUUUCUGGGACCCGCUGGGGCUGCCAGACUUCGGGGCGCGGCUAGGGGCACAGGGCGUGUGCCUGGAGGGGGUGCGGGCCGGGGGGCUGGGGGUGGCAGGGACCCUGCGGGUUCUCAACCUGGCCUAUGAGAAGCGGGUCAGUGUCCGCUACACCUGGGAUGGCUGGGCCAGCUACCAGGAGGCCCCCGCCGCCUACGCCGGGCCCUCCUCCAGCCCUCCACCCGGCCCCCCCUCUGACCGCUUCGCCUUCCGCCUGCCCCUGCCCCCCGGGGGCGCCCUGGAGUUUGCCUUACGCUGCCAUGUGGGGGGCCAGGAGCUGUGGGACAACAACGGGGGGCAGAACUACAUACUGCGGGGCAGGGGGCGGUCCGAGGGGCCCCCCAGCCCCCCACGGGAUGGAGAUGGGGGCUGGAUCCACUUCCUGUAGGGGGCUGCACAACCAGCCUCCCAGGGGACAGAGACUGCAUGGGAGGGGCCCCACAACCAGCUCCUCCCAGCCCCCAGAUCCACAUCCUCUUGGAGGGGACCCGGGAGAGGGGGGCUGAAACUCACCCCAAAGCCAUGGGAUGUGGGGCAGGAAUAGGGGGUGAGAUACACGGGGUGUGGGGGAGGGGCCU